UCUUUAGAAGAUCUGCGUGAAGCUGGACAAGCAUCUGAAUUUCAUGUGCUUAUGUGUUUAUAUUUCAUAUCAUGAUCACCGGUGAAGGAGAUCAUCGUGAGGCAACCUGCAGCUCUCAAUUAAUGAUCUGUCACUAUCCGCAUUGGAGCAUCGAAGUAAGAGAACCUCGACAGAAGAUCAUGCCAAAAAUGUCGAACUGGGCGUUAGUAGUUGUGUCAAUUAUAUCUUCUCUAUAUUUAUCAAAUGCAUACAAAAUCCUAUUUAUAAGUCCACUGCCAGGCAAGAGUCAUUCGAUUUUAGGUGAAGGAAUAAUCAAACACUUAUCUCUAGCUGGACAUGAGGUUACAUAUAUAGCAUCAAUCGUUCCUGACAUACCACUAAAAGGAGUGUCUGUUAUAGACAUUAGCAGCUAUGUAACAUUUCCAAAUGAUAGUAUGAAUUUAAAAACAAUAAUGGAAAAUAAAUUUACUAAUGAUCUAUUGAGUUUUAUGCCCAACUUAAUGAAUUUAAGUAGAAACGCGGUAGAAAAUUUCGACGUGCAAACACUUUUGUCGGAUAAAAGCCAACAAUUUGACGUCGUUAUUGCUGAAUGGAUGUUUACUGAAGUGUAUGCUGGACUUGCAGGUGUAUUCAACUGUCCAUUAAUUUGGUUUUCAACAGUUGAACCUCAUUGGAUGGUCUUACAAUUAGUAGAUGAAACUCCGAAUCCUUCAUAUAAUGUUGAUAUCUUGUCUAGCAACGUACCGCCGUUAAAUUUUUCGCAGCGACUUUCGGAGUUAGGUCUUCAAAUUCUUGGCAAACUUAUUAAAAUUUUGUAUUCUGGUGUCGAAAACGAAAUUUACGAAAAACACUUCGUACCGCAUAUUCGUGAUAGAGGUUACCCCGUAAAACCUUUCGAAACAUUGAAGUAUAAUGGUUCGCUAGUUUUAAGCAAUUCACAUGUAUCGUUGGGUAUUGCAACGCGAUUGCCACCAAAUUUUAUCCCAAUUGGAGGUUAUCAUAUUGAUCAUAUCGUUAAGCCGUUGCCGGAGGAUUUACAGAAAAUUAUGGAUAACGCCAAACACGGAAUUAUCUACUUUAGUAUGGGAUCUAAUUUGAGAAGUAAACAUUUUCCCAUUGAAGUAAAGCAAGAACUGCUAAAUAUGUUCGCUGAAUUAGAACAAACUGUUUUGUGGAAAUUUGAAGAAGAUUUGCCCAUCCGACCAAGCAAUGUUCAUAUUUUAAAAUGGGCCCCACAACAAAGCAUUUUAGCUCACAAAAACUGCGUUUUGUUCAUCACACAUGGUGGUCUUCUGUCUACCACUGAAUCAAUCCAUUUUGGAGUUCCUAUUAUCGGUGUACCAGUUUUCGCUGAUCAGUUUGUAAAUGUAGCUAGAGCUGUAAAAAAAGGUUUUGCUAAGAAAGUAAAUUUAUCAUUUUCGAUAGCCAAAGAUUUAAAAGUAGCGAUUCAAGAAAUGAUUAAUGAUUCAAGUUACGCGACGAAAAUUAAGGAGUUAUCUUACAUAUAUCAUCACAGAACUGUCACUCCAGGUCAAGAAUUGGUCCAUUGGGUGGAACACGUUAUAAAAACAGGAGGUGCACGACAUUUACGCACUCCUGCAAUGCUGACGCCCUGGUACCAAAAAAUGUACUUGGAUCUUGCAAUUGUCUUGCUUUUUAUAAUGAUCACUAUUACAUAUAUGUUCAGAUAUAUUUGCAAAUCGACUAGAAAUAAUAUAUUAACUAGUAAUAAAAAGAAACAAAAUUAACGUAAAAUAUCAACGUAUAUAAUGUUUGUAUUUAAUAAAUAAAAUCCUUUAGAUAUAAGGGAUUCAUUUAAAGAAUUAACAGUGAAAAUAAAUUUAGACGAAAUCAUGACUGAUUGAUAUUCAUUGAAUAUUAUUUGCUGUUGUUGUAACAAUUAUAAAUAAUCAUUCAUAAACCCUACUAAUAUUAAAAUUUGAAAGGGUGUAUGUUCGGAUGUACGUACAAUUUAUAACCCGGAGGGAAAACCUGCAAACAUGCAAAGUUCCUUGCGGUGUCUUCUAUCACCGUAAUAGAUGGGAUUCUUUUUUUAACAAUUAAAUUUACAAUGCAGUUAUAAACAAAUUUCUAAUUUAAGCUGCCUCAAGGCGACCGUUUCAUUUCCAAGGUAUGUUAUCAUCUGUGAUGUUAAUAGAUAAUAUCUGUUAACACACAAACUUCAAUUUUGA